GUACUUGUGGACUGUAUACUGGAUACCAUGUACUUCGCUCCGAGACAGGUGGCAGCGCUGCUAUGUCUGCUGGUAGUGGCUGCAGCAGCUGAGGAGACCAAGGAGGCCAGGAGUAGCGACUCAGCUGAUCUCAAGACAGACGCCUCAGAGUCUACUGCCAGGACGUUUGGAAUAUUUUCGCCAGGAUAUGGAGGAGGAAAGUUCUUUGGUCCAGACUACCCAGGCUAUGGUUACGGCCCAUACCAUGGUUACGGUUACGGCCCGUACCCUAAUUAUGGUUACGGCGGCUAUGGCCCGUACCAUCCACAUCACAGACCAUAUCCAGGAGGUUAUGGUGGUUAUGGUGGUUAUGGAGGCUAUGGAGGCUAUGGGGGUUACGGGGGCUAUGAAGGCCCUUACGGUAGACCUGGCUACGGCUCAGGUUUUGGAAGAUUUUCAGAGUACGAUGGGCCAGCUAGUAGACAAACUUAUUACAACUCAGGUUACGGAGGCUACGGAAAUCGCUAUGGCGGAUAUGGUGGAUACGGAAGCGGCAACGGAGGGUACGGAAGCGGUUAUGGAGGAUAUGGAGGAAAUUACGGAGGAUAUGGAGGCGGUUACGAUGGAUAUGGUGGCUAUCCCAACAGAGGCGGCUAUGGUGGAUACGGUGGCUACGGAGGUUAUGGAAGCUCUGGUGGUUAUGGGUAUGGUGGCUACGGAAACAGAGGAUAUGGUUCUGACGGUUACGGAGGAUAUGGUGGAUACAGAGGAGGGUACGGCGGUUAUGACAGAGAUUAUGGUUACGGCAACAAAGGAGGAUAUGGUGGUUACGGAGGAUACUCAGGAUACAGAGGAGGAUACGACGGUUACUCAAACUACAGGGGUUGAAAAUAUCCCUAAGGACAAUCUUAAGAACUUUAAAAGUCGACAGUUUGAGUUUUGUUUUCUAAAAUAUUUCUUCAGUCACAAGUUACCUUAUGAACCAGAAACUGUUUCUAUUUAUGUGUAAAUCAGAGACCAAAGUGUAAAUCUGUGUGUAAAGUAGCUAUUUAUUUAGGUACUACGUUAAUAAAAAUUUUUUUACUAAAA